CUACGCUCCUUGUCUUCGCCUUCUUCUCUGCACUCCUUUGUCUUCAGUUCCAAUCGUUACAUAUCUUCUCGUCAACAUGCGUCCCUCUCUGAUUCUCCUUGUCCCACUGGUGGCCACUAGCACUGCUCACGGCCUCACCCAGGUCGACGCCCUCCAUCUCCUCAAACGCCAAAGCGGCGCCUUCAUCCCCGGAACCAGCUCGGUGACCGACUGCCCAGAAGGCUCCAUUCUCUGUGGCACGAGCAACACCUGCUACUUUCCUUCGCGAGGCGAUACCUGCUGUCCCGGUGGAACCUGGGCCUGUCCGAGUGAUUCCUUCUGUCUGCAGGACCCAUACUGCUGCCCCACUGGUCUCGACCGCGAGACCUGCGCGCAGCAGUACGGCAUAACGUUGGCCCCAACCGUGACGAGCGCCACCGCCGCCGAACCGACAUCCGCGCCAUCCACGUCGACUUCUUCACCGACCUCAAGCGUCGAACGCCCGAGCAGCAGCAGCAGCAGCAGCAGCAGCACGACCUCUGUGCCUGUCAUCCCGGCGAUUUCGAUCCCUUCUUCGAUCGCAUCCUCUUCCGUGCAUUCGGGUUCCGCUACCGUCGUGUCUUCGUCUACCCCCAGCCCCUCGGGCGGGCUCUUCACUGGUGGUGCACACACCCGGGAGAUGGCAGGAGGCGCUCUGGUGCUGGGUGGAUUGGGCAUGGUUGCAAAUAUCCUGUAG